AUGUCUACCAGUCCACAAUCAAUGAAGCGGCCGUUCGACGAUGCCAGCGAUGCUUCUGGGUUCCCCGACAUGCCUACAAAGAAGGGCAGGCCCUCGUCAACAUCCAAUGCUAGCUCGCCCAGCAAUAAUAAUGUCCCGUCGAUCUUCAAUGAUCUUGCGGGGAAGGGAUGCCGCAUCCCGACCAUUAGCAGAAAGGUGCGCGCGUGCUCAGCGUGUAAGAAACAAAAAAUCAGGUGCGACUUUGAGGAGGGAGAGUCGACGUGUGUCCGAUGUAAAAAAAUGAAGUUGGACUGUGUGGUCAAUAGGAGUUUGCAGACGAUCCUGGAUGAAGAUGUGGAAUGGAAACACCAGAUGCGCGAAGACACGGUCCAGCUACAAAGUGCUGUGGACGUCAUUCUGUCGAAACUGGGACUUGGAAAGUUGUCGGAGUACGAUAGGCGCGCCACCUCGCCCGCAGCUUCUACAACCUCCACUGAGCACCGGAAUGCCAUUGCAGGCGCUCACCCACACUCAUCUACACGGCUGCCGCUGGGGAGGAUAAAGAUGGAGCACGACGAUAAUAAUAAUAGUAGUAUACAUGGGCAUGGGGGAAUACAUGGAGGACAUGGGGGAUUAUUAGCUGUAGGAACGGCGGGUAUGGAUGACCUUCGCCGGGAAAGCAAUGCCACAGAAAGAGAAGGGUCCCAGGAACCUCAUGAUCAUGUAGGAAGCACACUGGUCUCGAACCCAAUGGGCUCGCUCUACGAGGUGACAAAGUUCCGGGGCCUGCGCACUCAGAGGGCCGGCGGGGAAAGGUAUCGGCAUCUGUCAGAGAUGAGCGGUGAUUUCAUAUCAAGGGGGGUCAUCACGCAGCAGGAUGGGGAGGAGCUUUUUGAAAUAUUCCGAGAUUCUCUCAAUCACUAUCUGUACGGCAUCGCAUUGACUCAUAACACCCUGGAAUCCGUAAGAGCAUCCUCUUCCCUGCUCUCUUCUGCGAUCUUCACCGUAGCCUCUCUCUACCUGCCUCAACAUCACCAUCUGUACAAAACCUGCUACCAGGAGUUCCUCAACCUCGUGUCCUCAUCCAUGUUUGACCGCCGCCAUGAAUUGGACGACGUCCGAGCCCUCUGCAUCGGUGCCUUCUGGCUCCAUGACCUCUCUUGGAAGCUCUCUGGGCACGCCGUACGUAUUGCUACGGAGCUGGGCAUCCACCAGUCGUUUCGGAAAGCACUUGCUGGGUCACAAGAACACUUUGAACGGGCACGACUAUGGUAUUUACUCUAUGUUUGUGAUCACCAUUUCUCAAUCGCAUACGGCCGACCCCCAGUAAUACACGACACUGAGCCAAUGCGGGAGUGGGAGAUGUUUGUGGCGUCCAAACAGGCCAUCGAGGGCGAUAGUCGAGUGUGCAGUCAGGUCUCGCUGUUUGUGGUGCUCACGCGGGUUUACAAUUACUACGAGGCAGAAGCCGAAAAGGAGAUCUCGGACGACAACCUGAAGGAGCUGGCCGAGUUCAACAAGCAGCUUGAUCAGUGGCGGGCAAGAUGGAUGAGCAAACUAGGGCGGAACAUAAAAGUCGGCGAUUAUCCAAACCAAGGCGUCGACCUGCACUACAACUUUGCAAGACUCCAGGUCAACUCCCUCUCACUCCGUGGUGCCUCCACAUCUACCAUCAACAACCCCUCCGCUGUCCGCAAAGAUCAUGCCACAAUCGCCAUCCACUCCGCCUUCCAGGUCCUCUCAAUAGUCCUCGAUGUCUCCGACAUCCGGGAAUCCCUUGUUGGUGUCCCCCUCUACAUGACAACAAUGAUUGCCUUUGCUGCCGUCUUCCUCCUCAAAGUCACUGCUCGCUGGCGUGGCAUCGGUUUCUCUCCCUACGAACCAGACCAAGUCUGGGAACAGGUCAACCGCGUCAUAAACAUGCUCAACGAAAAGCGUGUCGGUGAGCAGCAUAUUAUCCACCACGUUGCGGCUGGCCUCGAGAAGAUGAGACGAAAAUGCAUCGAGCUGUCGAAUUCUAGCAGCCCCUUUGACGACUCCCGUCUCUGGGAUAACUCCUCGUACCAGAUCCAAGCGCCGCUCCAGCACCAACAAAACAGUAUGCAUCUCCCUCCAGUGGACCCACGGCUGAGAGACGGCAUGCCGCCGUACUCACCGGCGAGCUCAAUGAUGCACGGACACCCCCAACAGCAGCAGCAGAUGUAUAUGCAGCAACAGCAACAGCAACAGCAACAGCAGCAUCACGCUUACUCGCCGCAUCCAAGCCAGAUGGGACCGCCGUCGAGUACGUCGUCGGUGGGGAGCACGCCCGAGGCAAUGUAUCCGCAGGCGCUAGGGCCUCAAAUGUACGAAAUGAACGGACAAUACUAUCCAGUACACAUGGGUAUAUUUGAUUUUCUGUCACCGCAGCUGCCAUAUUAG